CUUGAGCAGAAGAUUCAUCUUCUGACAUUUGCAUCACUGGGUUUUGCACACAUCGGGUGUGACCUGGAGGUCACGUCGAUCCUGCAGAUUGAAUCAAGUCAAGUAAAGAAGUGGGUGAUCAACGGUAUGUCCCGACUCCUCUUGACAUCUGUCAUUAAAAAUCAUCUUCCAGAUAGUCAGUCUUCUUUCGGGAAAUCUCUCGCAGACCACUUGAUCUCUACACAUUUACUGUUCAUUAGCGCGCACGUCUGA